CUGGAGGAAACGGCUGAGCUUUCGCAGGGAAAGGAGCACGUCAGCUAGAGCAGAGCAGCGACCGGGAAGGAGCGAGGGAGGAGGCGCGUCGGGGACGGCUGGCGCCCGUUCUGUCUUGCCGCGUUCUCCAGCCCCCAGGUCUGCUCCGGCGCUGGCCACCCGAGGUGUGGGAAGGCAAAUACCGUGAAGCUCUAAAGAUGGUGAGGAUUUUGGCCAAUGGAGAUAUUGUACAAGAUGAUGAUCCUCGCGUGAGACAGAACACUCAAAACUCAUCCCGUCUGGGGUUUUUCAACACAAUGACUAAUGCGGGCUCAACCCCCCACCAGCGCUUCCAGCAACAGUCUCAGCAGCAGGGGGCCAGGCCAGGGGAGCGCUCGCCAUUCUCAGACCUCAACCACCAGUUGGUAAACCUGGGCUUCCCCACUUGGAACCUCGGCAAUCACGUGGUGCAGCCCUUGAUGUCCAUCCUGUUGCUGUUCCUGCUCUUGAUGUUUGGGAUUCGCGGCCUCCUCUUGGUUGGUCUCAUCUACAUCGUUUCCCACUUAAGCCAGCGAUGAUGGAGCCUUCUGGAUAGGCCAUGGCAGCUGCCUGGCUAGAGCAGAGAGGCCAGGUUUUCUUGUUGGGUGUGGGUGUGUUGGAGAGAAAGUGUGGGUUGUGUGUGUGUGUGUGUGUGUGUGUGUGUGUGUGUGCAUAUAGGGUUCCCAGUUGAGAACCUUUGUGUAUAACAUGCUCGGGGAACAGGAGUGGGCGUCUGGGACAUACUCAGCAAAUGAGCUCACGAGGAUAGUGCUUCUUGCACGUGAACUACCUCCAGCCGAGUCGAUGAAUUGGCUUGCUCUUCACAGCACCUGCAACAAAUAUAUAGGCGGUGCUGGUCUAAGGAUUGGGGUGGUGGUAAAACAUGGGCAUGGAUCAAGACUACAUUGGCAAUAUCCACCUUCCCACUGCAGGACCUUUGUGCCAUUGCUCAGGGUCCUUUCUCCCCCAGGAACAGCACUUUGUGGAGAUCGGUGGGCUGCCAUGGGGGGGGGGGAG